AUGGGGGCAGGGGAAACACUCCGCAGCUACGCUAACCAGUAUUGGGAGCUGUACAAUGAGAUUGGCGAAGAUAAGAGGCAUACCACCGAACAAUACAGGGUGUUAAAAGAUCAUCUAGAGCAGUUGGUAAAAACGAGAUACCUGAAAGAGUUCGUAGUGGAUCCUAGGAAUCAGGAAACGGAGCAGGGUGCUCGGCCCCGUGGAAAUCCUCUCCCUCCCCUACUAAGAGUAAUAGAAGUUAUCCACGCGGCACCAAGAGGUACUCAGAUAUUCGGUAAAAGGGAGGUACUGGCUAUGGCAUCGACAGAAAGCUACGCGGGUGAACAACCCCCUGAGAAGAAAUUGAAGUACACUCGGGAGCCCAUUGCCUUCAAUGAUGAUAACCUGGAAGGCAUGAUUCAACCACAUGAUGAUGUCUUGGUAGUUGCAACCCGAAUAAAUGGUUUCAUAGUAAAGAGAAUGUUGAUUGAUCAGGGGAGUGGCACCGAGGUGAUGUAUCCCGAUCUAUUUAAAGGGCUCGACCUAAAGAGUGAAGAUCUCUUCAGGUAUGAUGCACCCCUAUUGGGAUUUGACGGCCAUAUGGUGAUCUUGGAAGAGCAAAUUAUGCUUCCCGUGAAUAUGGAAGGUAAGGAGGUAAUGAUGACAUUCAUAAUGGUCACUUCUUUCUCUCCGUACACUGUGAUCAAAGGUCGUGGAUUCAUGCAAUGGGGGCUGUAUUGUCCACCUUGCAUGUAA